CUUACUAGUUCUCCAUUUUGUAUGUUUUUCCUGGAGGUUAGCGCCUACUUUCCUAAUGGCUAGCUGCGAAUCCCCAUAGCGCAGACCAGUACAACGCAGUUUGCGUGACAAAAUCCAGUGCAGGAGCGGAGGGACACAACUCCAGCCAAACACUCGGCCCGUCGCAGGUUGUUUUUAUUGUUGUUUUCUUUCUGUAGCCACAAACAUCGAUUGUCAGCGUUGCGCGUUGUGCACUGCCACUUUCAACCAAAACAAUGUUGACAGACGACCUGUGGACACAUACCAACAAACAGUCACCUCAAGGAUGGAUAAAGGUGGAGUGAAGAAGAUUACAUAUAGAAGAGAUGACCAUUUAAGCAAAUUGGUCUACACUGAAAGCCCUGAGGAGGGAGGUCUGUUGAAAGUGGCUCCUCACAGUGCCAUGUCCAUCGCCUCCGCCACAUCUGUUCUUCUUCCAUCCAGCCCGUUGAUGCAGCCAGGACAGGUGCCGAACGGCCUCAGCAACAGCCCCCUUCCAGAGGAGCUCACCUCGGUUACUGCCACUGUCGGCUCCUUGUUCGAAGACCACGAGUCCAGGAAACCUCAGCAGCAGCAGCACCACUUACUCCAGACCUCCGCCACAUUCGGCCGCCAAACGUUGAGGGAAAAUUUGCCCCAUUUGGAGGCCAGCAUAGCAGACAUCACCUCCAUGGAUUCACUCAUUGGGGGAUCAGAUCCCAACUUCUUCCCCAUGAAAACAGAGGAGUUCUCCAUGGAUAAAGGAGACCAGGAACCAAUUGACCUUGAUCAUGCCUUUGAGCACAUUGGCAAAGAUGUGGACGUGCAUCAGAAAUUGUUCAGUGACAACGCUCUGGACCUGCUCCAAGACUUCGAGCUCACUGGGUCCCCCUCAGAUUUUUAUGUAGGCGAUGAUGCCUUCCUGUCCUCUCUGGCAGAUGAUUCUCUGCUUGGGGACGUUAGCUCAGAGCGGGACAUAAAGCCCGCUGUGGUCGAGAGUAUGAACGGCUGUGGGGCAGUCUCUGUGUCUCUCAAUGGCAUGACGAGUCCAGAUCAGUCCUGCUCCAGCAUAUCCACAACUGCCUCCUUAACCCCCACAACCACUUUGUCUGCGUUGGUGAAGAAAGAGAAAGACGCUGGCUUCAUUCAGCUCUGCACCUCAGGUGUGAUCAAACAGGAGAAGUCAUCUGCAGGCCAGAGUUAUUGCCAAAUGAGCGGCACGUCCUCCACAGAGAGGCCCAACUCUAACCCCAUCUCCAUCUGUGGGGUCAGCACUUCAGGAGGACAGGGCUACCGGUUUGGAGUCAACCCCACUAGCAAUGAAGCUCAGCAGCAGAAGGACCAGAAGCCGGUGUCCAGCAUAUAUCUCCCGGUGACGACCAUUAGUGCGCCCUGGAACAGAAGCCAGGGUGUUGGGGACAACUCAGCAAUGCACGGGGCCAGUGAGGCUUUCUCGAGCUCUUACCCCAUCAGUUUUGCCAGUUCUACCUCCAGACAGGAAGGUGUCACCGCCACAUCCUCAGCACAGACAAAGAGUGGGACUCAUAAAAUCUGCCUGGUGUGCUCCGACGAGGCUUCAGGCUGCCACUAUGGCGUUCUCACCUGUGGCAGCUGCAAGGUCUUCUUCAAGAGAGCAGUGGAAGGGCAGCAUAAUUACCUGUGUGCUGGGAGGAACGACUGCAUAAUAGACAAGAUCAGGAGGAAGAACUGCCCAGCCUGCCGCUUCCGCAAGUGUCUGAUGGCAGGCAUGAACCUGGAAGCGCGCAAAACCAAAAAGUUGAACCGGUUAAAGGGCGCCCAGCCAAGCAACCCGCCCGAGUUGACGACUCCUCCACCAAUUGAGGCUCGCUCCCUCGUACCCAAGUGCAUGCCUCAACUCGUUCCCACAAUGCUGUCCCUGCUGAAGGCCAUCGAGCCGGACACCAUCUACGCCGGCUACGACAGCACUCUGCCCGACACCUCCACCCGCCUCAUGACCACCCUCAACAGGCUGGGCGGCCGGCAGGUCAUCUCUGCUGUCAAGUGGGCCAAGUCUCUGCCAGGUUUCAGGAACCUGCACUUGGAUGACCAGAUGACUCUGCUCCAGUGCUCCUGGCUCUUUCUCAUGUCUUUCGGUCUGGGCUGGAGGUCUUACCAACAGUGCAACGGGAACAUGCUCUGCUUCGCUCCAGACCUCGUCAUCAAUGAGGAGCGGAUGAAGUUGCCCUACAUGGCAGACCAGUGCGAGCAGAUGCUGAAGAUUUCCAGCGAGUUUGUCCGGCUGCAGGUCUCCCACGACGAGUAUUUGUGCAUGAAGGUCCUGCUGCUGCUGAGCACAGUGCCCAAGGACGGCCUGAAGAGCCAGGCGGUGUUCGACGAUAUUCGGAUGUCGUACAUUAAGGAGCUGGGGAAAGCCAUCGUGAAGCGCGAGGAGAACUCCAGCCAGAACUGGCAGCGUUUCUAUCAGCUCACCAAGCUGCUCGACUCCAUGCAUGAGAUGGUUGGCGGACUGCUCAGCUUCUGCUUCUACACCUUUGUGAAUAAAUCCCUGAGUGUGGAGUUCCCAGAGAUGCUGGCAGAGAUCAUCAGCAACCAGUUACCAAAAUUCAAGGCUGGGAGUGUCAAACCUCUCCUCUUCCACCAGAGAUGACUGUGCCCCGUAACAGACACAAUGCCUUAAAAAUCCCACCACAUCACCUCACCUUCCCCCACCCCCCCACCCCCACAACCCUCCCCGAAGAGC